AUGGGAUCUAAAUAUUUGAGAACCCAAUUCUUUCGCCUUCAGGAGGUACAAGAGAUGCUUCAACGCUGGCGUCGAGAGGAGGUAAAGUGUCGCGUGUGCAUGGACCGUCCUGUAAAGUGCGUUUUCGUUCCCUGCGGUCACCUGAGCUGCGAGGAAUGUGGACUGCGUCUUACCCACUGCCACAUUUGCCGCAAGGCCAUAGAGCUUCGCCAACGCUGCUACUUCCCAUGGGACGAGGACCAAAAAUUUCCUUCUAUUUCCCCACAUCCACCCUGUUCUGCCUCGUCCAGCGCCGUCACAGCUGCUGCUACCGUCGCAGAUGGAGCUGUCGCUAAAUCGCAUCGAACUGUUGCUUUCAAUAUCCAUGAGAACGCAGAAAGUGACGUGGAAGGAGGUGCUGGGUCUUCUUCAGACGAGGAAGAAGAGGGAACGGAGAGUGGUGAGGUGAUGCAACCAGGAGCUUUUGAUUUCUUCCAUCGUCAUCGGCGUCAAUCUGAACGGGAGAGACACAGUUCGUCGACCUCCUCUGCGCUGUCCGCACCUUUGGAGAGAGUCUCUCCAUGA